GUAUGAGCCAUUGAUAGGAAAAGCAGUCCGCAUCAGUUAGCAGUGCACGCCUGAAAGUAUUUCAUACGAGUGCCGAUCCGAUCUCAACCUGAGCAGAUGAGCUGAGCCUUUAAAUAUUAGACAGACUCACUGUAAACGAGGAGCUUAGGACCCACAGGAGUGACCAAACACAGCCGCGAACAUCAGAUUUUCUGCCAUGUCUGUCAAACGGGAGGACGUCCUAAAAGAUGAAAAUCUGAUCAAAAAUAUAGAGGAGAUAGCAAAAGACGCUGCACUUUUACAUGGGGUGUUGAUGCGGACCAAAGAAACACCAAACUCUCCUGAAGUGGUGAGUUAUGCACCGUUUACGUUGUUUCCCACACCGGUGCCCAAAGCACUCUUUUAUCAGGCACUGGCAGUACAGACACAUUUUAACCGGUUGGUAGACCGGGUCAGCCAGAAUGCCGCCUUUCUAGAAGAAACUCUAGCCAGCACCAUCAAAGUUGACAGUUUUACAGCAAGACUUUUCAACAUAUACAAACAAGUUCAGCAGGAAAAUCAUCCCCAGUCAAUAGUGGUGGGCUUGAAUCGCUCAGACUACAUGUUGGACCACAGUCCAGAUGGUGGGACGUCUCUGAAGCAGAUUGAAAUCAACACUAUUGCUGCAAGUUUUGGUGGUCUUGCCUCACGGACAGCUGAUGUCCAUCGGCACAUUCUGAAGGUCGCAAACCUGCCAGAAGAGUGUAAACAUGUGGUCGACAACAACCCAGCAGCAGGCCUGGCCAGAGGUUUAGCCAAGGCCUGGGAGCUCUAUGGAUCAGAGAGGGCAGUGGUUAUGUUUCUGGUCGAGAACGUUCAGAGGAAUAUUUAUGAUCAUCGAUAUGUAGAGAAUGAGCUGUGGAAAAGAAACAUUCCUGUAAUAAGAAGACAGUUCGAAGAUGUUUUCAGAACUGGAUCCCUGGAUGAGAGCAGGAGACUCUUUGUAGAUGGUCAUGAGGUCGCCAUUGUCUACUUCCGUAACGGAUAUAUGCCCCAAAACUACACUUCAGAGCAGAGCUGGGAAGCCCGUCUGAUGAUGGAGCGCUCUCUGGCUGUGAAGUGUCCAGAUAUCAGUACCCAUCUUGCCGGGACUAAGAAGGUGCAGCAGGAGUUGGCCCGGCCGGGGGUUCUGGAGCGCUUCUUCCCUGAUGAACCUGAAACGGUUGCUCAGAUUCAGGCCACUUUCGCUGGGCUGUACACCCUGGACAUGGGAGAAGAAGGUGAUAAAACCGUAGCAAUGGCUUUGGCCAAUCCAGAUCAGUAUGUGCUGAAGCCUCAGAGGGAGGGAGGUGGUAACAACAUUUACGGCAAUGAGAUCUGUCAAGUGCUGGAGAACCUGAAGAACUCCUCUGAAAGGACAGCUUACAUCCUGAUGGACAAGAUCCAGCCCGUCCCGGUCCAAAACUACCUGCUUAGACCCGGAGCUCCUCUAAAACUGAGCUCCUGUCUGAGUGAAGUGGGUGCAUUUGGAGCAUAUGUCAGGAAAGGCAAAGACAUGGUCUUAAAUGAGUGUGUGGGCCACCUGCUGAGGACCAAGAGCUCAGAGCAUGCAGAUGGGGGUGUGGCUGCAGGAGUAGCAGUACUAGACAACCCACUGCUGGUGUGAACUACAGCACCACCUACUGGACCUGAGGAGAAUGACAUAUGACUGACAUCAGGGAAUUCAUCAUCCCUGUGAUUCAUUUUCUACCUGGCAUCUGUGUUAUGAAAGAUUUAGUGUGUUGAAUAUCCCCUAGGGAACACUUAUGCUGAACUGCUCAUUUGGCGCACACAUUUUAUACCUCAAGUGUUAAUCUGUUGAAGUGUGUGAGAAGUAGCCAUUGAUGUUUUAUAAAAUAGAUUUUUAUUGACGUUUAAUUUUUUUUUUUUUUGGUUACUUUAUUUGGCCAACAUCCAUGGCCUAACACAAUCAGAAAGUAGCUGUAAUGAUCAUGAUUAUGAUUAGUGUAAGCUGAUUUAUGUUUUAUAUGUAACCAUGGAUCACAAAACCAGUCAUAUAGGUCAAUUUUUUUUUUAUUUGAAAAACUGGAAUCUGAGGGUGCAAAAAAAAAAAAAAAAAAUCAAAAUAUUGAGAAAAUUGCUUUUAAAGUUAUCUAAAUUAAGUUCUUAGCAAUGCAUAUUACUAAUCAAAAAUUAAGUUUUAAUAUAUUUAUGGUAGGAAAUUUACAAAAUAUCUUCAUGGAACAUGAUCUUUACUUAAUAUCCUAAUGAUUUUUAGCAUAAAUAAAAAAAUCAAUCAUUUUGACCCAUACAAUGUAAUGCUAUUGCUGCAAAAUAUACUCAUGCUACUUAGGACUGGUUUUGUGGUCCAAGGUCACAUAUAUAUAUACACUACCAUUAAAUAAAUAUUUCAUUCAAAAAUUAAAAUUUGCUCAAAAUCUUAGGCCAUGACUACAUUACAUAAUUUGCACAUCAAUGGAUCCUCUUUAGUGAAUGGGUGCCAUCAGAAUGAGAGUCCAAACAGCUGAUAAGAACAUCACAAUGAACUUGAGUGGUGUGGAUUAUUAUUAACAUCUUGUGAAGUGAAAAUCUGCAUGUUUGUAACAAGUGAAUCAAUCAUUAAAGUUAAAAGUCAUUAAAAUCCACUAACAUAUUUGUUUAGAGCUGUUUUGCUUGUAAACGGCACCUGAUCGGUGCAUAUUUCUGAUUCAGACAAGACUUUGCAUUGGAAGAAGUGUAAUGGAUUAUAAACUCUUAUUUUGCUGGAAGCAAUGCUUUGAAAUCAAAAACUCCUUAAUUUUAUUACAAAUGUGCAGCUUUUUGCUUCAUGAGAUGUUAUUGAUGGAAUGUUUUUAUCAGCUGUUUGGACUCUCAUUCUGACGGCACCCAUUCACUACAGAGGAUCCAUCGGUAAGCAAAUGAUGUAAUGCUAACUUUCUCCAAAUCUGAUGAAGAAACUCAUCAUCUUAGAUGGCCUGAGGAUACAUUUUCAGCAAAUAAUAAUUUUGGGGUAAACAAUUCCUUUAAAAAGCUUAAAGUCAGUAAAUGUUUUUACAACGUUUAUUCAGCAGAGAUGUUUUAAACUGAUCAAUAGUGACAGUAAAGUCAUUUAUAAUGUUAUCAUAGAUUUCUUUUUCAAAUAAAUAUCUUCACCAUUGAUAAUAAAAGUAAUAAAUCAGGAUAUUAUAAUGAUUUCUGAAGGAUCGUGUGACUGAAGACUGGAGUGAUGAUACUGAAAAUUCAGCUUUGCAUCACAGAAAUAAAUUAUAUUUUACAAUAUAUUUUA